GUUCCCGUCUUCGCUCCAGACAGACUUUCACCAGUCCCAGUCUCACUUCCGCACUCCCGCACUCCCUCACACCGUUCACGGACGCCUACCCCCCACCAAUUCAACAAUGUUCGCAUUCAAGAAGGUCUUCGCGUCCGUCUUCCUCGCGGUGCUCUGCGCGAGCUCCGCCACUGCGGUGCCAUACCCCGUGAGCUCCAAGUUCGCGACGCACCGCACUCGUGAGAUCAGCCGGGACUUCAAGGUCGAGGCUUACAACCCCGAGUCGUCCUUCGAGACCUUCGGGGCUGGUAUCGACCACCCUCUGUCUAAGCGCGCCGACGCGUCCAUCGAGGACUCGGCGAUCGCCUUCGUUCAGUCGCGCGCCGGCGUUGACUCCGAUGCCGUGCACGUCCGCUCCGCCUUCGAGGGCGAGGUCGCGCACCACGUCUACGUCAAGCAGCAGCUGGCCGGCAUCCCCUUCGCCAACGCCGUCGCGAACGUCGCCUUCAACAAGGACAACAAGGUCGUCGCGUUCGGCUCCUCCUUCGUCCAGGUCCCUAAGGCGAAGCUCGCCACCACCCCCUCCGUCGCGGUCGCGGACGCGAUCGCCGCCGCCGAGGAGCUCCUGAGCGGCACCCACGACGCCGAGAACUUCCCCGAGCCCACGCUCGAGUGGUUCGCGAAGGAGGACGGCUCCGUCGCCCUCACCCACGUGUUCCAGGUCCGCAACGAGGAGGCCGGCACGUGGUUCGAGGCGUUCGUCGACGCCCACUCUGGCGACCUCAUCUCGGUCACCGACUUCGUCAGCAAGGCUUCGUACCUUGUCCUCCCCAUCACCAAGGAGGUCCUUACCCAGGGCUUCCAGACCGUUGUCGACCCCCAGGACACCACCGCCUCCCCCAACGGCUGGCACAGUGAUGGCACGACUACGACCACCACUACCGCUGGCAACAACGUGAUUGCGUUCAAGAGCAGCCAGUCGUCGACGACCUCGCAGUCCGGCACCGGCCUCGUUUUCAACUACCCCCAGAGCGCAAGCACCGCGCCCACCACUACCGCGAACGUGAACGCCGCACGCGUCAACGCGUUCUACAUCGUCAACUCCAUCCACGACAUCACGUACAAGUACGGCUUCACCGAGGCCGCGUUCAACUUCCAGACGAACAACUUCGGCAAGGGCGGCAAGGGCGCAGACCGCGUCACCGUGUCCGUCCAGGACUCCGCCGGCACCGACAACGCCGACUUCUCGACUCCCCCCGACGGCCAGAGCGGCGCGAUGCGCAUGUUCCUGUGGGACCUCACCAGCCCCCAGCGCGACGGUGCCCUUGAGAACGACAUCGUCUCGCACGAGAACACCCACGGUCUCACCAACCGCCUCACCGGUGGUGGAACUGGCCGCUGCCUCCAGACCACCGAGGCUGGCGGUCUCGGUGAGGGCUGGUCCGACGCUUUCGCUGACUGGCUCGAGAAGACCGACUCGUCCGUCCCCGACUACGUCAUGGGCCAGUACGUGAUCGCCGACUCCGCGGGUAUCCGCUCGCACCCCUACUCGACCUCCGCGACCGUCAACCCCCUGCGCUACUCGUCCGUGAAGACGCUCAACGAGGUGCACAACAUCGGCGAGGUCUGGGCGAACAUGCUGCACAACGUGUACGCCGCGCUCGUCAGCGCACACGGCUUCUCCACGACCGCGCGCACGGACCCCACCGGCACCGCCGGCAACGUCGUCUUCUUGCACCUCUUCAUCGACGCGCUCUCGCUGCAGCCGUGCAACCCGACGUUCCUCACCGCGCGUGACGCGUGGAUCCAGGCGGACGCGAACCGCUUCGGGGGCGCGAACAAGUGCACGCUCUGGAAUGCGUUCGCGAGCCGUGGCCUCGGCGUAAACGCGGCGAGCCACAACGACAACACCGCCGUCCCCUCGGGCUGCUAAGCAGCUGGCGGGUGGUCUACGAAUUGAUACUAUUUACGCGGGUAUUUACGAGUAGGCUGGACGGACUGUUUUGGAUGGAAUGUUGUACUCAAGUGUAGUCAGUGGGAUUAUUGGGAAAAAGUAGCAUGCAAUGUUAUGUGUUUUAUCC